UAGAAUGUGUCCUUUUAUUUAAAAUGCAUCUCUGGGUUAUUUGUGUGGCCUGCCUGGUGUUUUUUCAUUAGUAGAAUGUGUCCUUUUAUUUAAAAUGCAUCUGUGGGUCAUUUGUGGGACAUAGGAAUUUGUUCAUAUUUUUUUUCAAAAUAUAGUCUGGCCCCCCACAAGGUCUGAGGGACAGUGGACCGGCCCCCUGCUGAAAAAGUUUGCUGACCCCUGCUCUACAGCAUAUUGCUGUGAAAUUUAGCUCUGUCUCACCAACACUUGCAACUUACCGAAUGAUGAUUUCAUGCAUUUCCACACACUGCAAUUUGACUGGGGAUGGUGCUAAAACGUUCAUCGUAAUUCUCUCCAUUUUACUUCAAGAACUUGAAAAACUUGUUAAAGGAGGUAGUUCUUCCUAUUAUGAGAACAUCCAAGGACGAGAGAAUUGUAAAGAAUUUUUUUACAGACUGAAACAGGUUUCCCAGCUUCUUACAAUGAUCCAGGUGGACAUUCUAGAUUACAUAGUGACAAGAGACCUUGAAAAACAUUUUCAUUCAGUAUUUUCUGUUUCUGAUGAAGAAAUAAGUAUGAGCACAAUGGGGUUGGUACUGGAAGCUUAUUUUUCUGGGAAAGUAGGAAUCAAUAGGCAAAAGUUUCUUUCACAGUUAAGCUGUGAUUUCUACUUCAGAGUUACUGCUGGUAAAAAUAGGAGUGAAGUCCUUUGCUUUGUGGAUGACUGUUUUGCUGAGUUGCAUACUACUGUGACAGGCCUUCCUGUUUCAAGUUCAAGAAUCCUAGAUGGGCUUAUUCUUCACAGAGACUUUGCUGUGUACUGUCCUGCAGAUGGUGACAGAAGAGUUUUAGUUAUAACAGAACCUAUCCAGCCUGCUUAUUCUGACUUGGGUGCUGAAGUUGUCAUAACUGCUGAAAAUCAACAUGGGACAUCUGAAACCUGGAUUACAAAAAGAACAGAAGCUAUUCUAAAGCACAUGCGGGACAAUGACAUCAAGGUUUUAUUGUCAAGUGUAAAACAACAGGAAGCUGUUCAUAACUAUGCAAAAAGCAGUAGCAUAUCUAUUGUAGAGUGUCUGUCCCCAGAGGAGAUAUCUCUUAUCUACAGGAUCACAGAUAUUUCACCUUUUAAGCCAUCUUUGGACAAUAUUCACACUGAAAUCACAGAAGCCGCUGUAGCAAAAUUUUGCCAGCCAUUGCACCUUGGCACCAAAAGAUUUGUCCAUAUAGGCUUUGAAAGGACGUGUGCCCUUCAGCUCCACUGUGUGAUUCUCUGUGGGCCAGUGCAUGGGGUUACUGAGCAACAUGUUUGUGCUUUUCAUGGUGCAUUCAAAAUGUUACGACAGAUGUUUACGGUUGUUUGUCUGAGUGAGCAAAACCUCUCCAGAACUCUGCAUAAUAGUCAGCAGUGUUCUGGUGCACAGCAACAUUUUGUAGAGAAGCACACUGGCUGUGGUGAGGUUCACGCUUGUGCCAAGCAGCCAAGACCUUGUGGAUUUGAAAUGGAAGAGGACUCUGUUGUUUCUGCUUCAUCGGUAGACAGAGAGUUGGCAUGUUCAUCCAUGCAUCUGACUAACUCGGGAGGCGUAGAUUUGGCACAUGAUGCCAUGUGCUCAGACCUACAUGAAUGUGAUUUAGUUGACAGGCAAAAGGUGUAUCAGAAAUGCAGUCAUCCAAAAGGAAUGUUGAGAAUGGAUGGGGAUGAAUCACUUGCGGAAAAUCUGCUUGCUCCUACCAGAGCAGAAAGAAGCAUCAGUUCCAGAAAUGUACUUGUGCAUCUGCAACCCACUGAGGACAGUUGUACUAGGCAAGGCUGUGGAGUUAAAGAAGUGGAUAAUAUCAGAAGCCAUAUUCAGAGUAAUUCCAGCUCUUACAUAAAGGAGGGAUCAGUUUUGCCAGUCGGUGGGAUAUUCGAGGUACUGUUACAUUACUACCUGUCCUGCUAUGCAAAGCAGUGCCAGUCACCAAACGUAUCCAUUCUUUGUGCUGUAAUUGCUGAUGCAUUGCUCAGUGUUCCAAAAACCCUCUGUAGGGUACAGAAAAGGGAUGCUUUUCCUCAGCUCUAUCUUGAAGUUACCAGCGCUGUCAGAAAUAAUCAGCCGCUUCUGCCAAAUCAAGAAAGGUUAGAAUCAGUGUCCUGUAAGUACCAAUUAGUGGCUUCCAUUCUUCAAUGUGCAGCUAAGCUUUUAAGUAUUGAUCUUAUUGUUGGCAUUAAGAGGUUACCUCAGCAGACUGAAGAAAGCGAUUCAGAAGCUGAUCUGUGAAUACUGUAUAGGGUUUUCGUAUGCAGGUGAUGCAGUUGCUAGAACCAGCUACGUCCUUUAGUCUCCCUUAGUCCAUUGUACUUCUAAGCAGCCCCAGGACUGUUCAAAUCCUAACAGAAAGGUGGGGUGAGGGGACAUUGGCUGCAAUUUUUAAAAAAUCCCAUAAUGUAUUUCUGGCCGAUGGAUUGGGUAUAGAUUGACAAGGAAUUGUGACACAUUGAGGCUGCAAUGCUAAAGUCAUCUAUCUAGGAGUACUGUAAUUGAAUUCGUUGGGACUUACUUGAGGGAGGUGCUUGGAUAGGUGCCCCUAUCCAAAUUUUAGAGAGCUCAUUUGAAAGGAAACACUGGUGAUGAUGAAUGCUUUCUGGAAAUGUCGGGGGAACUUGCUUCCACACUACAUUGGUUGACACUGAUUUAGCAUGUUUAUCUGUCUUAAUAAACAACUUUAAAAGCAUGCUAUGUUAAUUUUAUGCCUUGUAUAAGUUGUUGUUGUUGAUUAGUCGUUUAGUCAUGUCCGACUCUUCGUGACCCCAUGGACCAGAGCACGCCAGGCACUCCUGUCUUGCACUGCCUCCCACAGUUUGGUCAGACUCAUGUUGGUAGCUUCGAGAACACUGUCCAACCAUCUCGGCGUCUGUCGUCCCCGUCUCCUUGUGCCCUCAAUCUUUCCCAGCAUCAGGGUCUUUUCCAGGGAGUCGAGUCUUCUCAUGAGGUGCCCAAAGUAUUGGAGCCUCAGCUUCAGGAUCUGUCCUUCCAGUGAGCACUCAGGGCUGAUUUCCCUAAGAGUGGAUAGGGUUGAUCUUCUUGCAGUCCAUGCGACUCUCAAGAGUCUCCUCCAGCACCAUAAUUCAAAAGCAUCAAUUCUUCGGCGAUCAGUCUUCUUUAUGGUCCAGCCCUCACUUCCAUACAUCACUACGGCGAAAACCAUAGCUUUAUACGGACCUUUGUUGGCAAGGUGAUGGCUCUGCCUUUUAAGAUGCUGUCUAGGUUUGUCAUUGCUUUUCUCCCAAGAAGCAGGCGUCUAUUAAUUUCGUGACUGCUGUCACCAUCUGCAUUGAUCAUGGAACCCAAGAAAGUAAAAUCUCUCACUGCCUCCAUUUCUUCCCCUUCUAUUUGCCAGGAGGUGAUGGCUAAACUAAAUGACUAAACAGCAACAAAAAUGCAUUAUUCAAAUGUGUCACUAGAUGGCAAUUGUGAGCUAUGGCAAAUUCAAUUUCAAAACGUUUUUUAAAGAAAUGGAUCAGCUGUGGAAGUUUCCAGAAUGACAAAGGUAUGAAGCAAAACCUUCCUUCCAGUCUGCAAAGUGGUGGCCUGGCUGCUGUGCGUCCUUUUGGGAACCGGCACUGAGAAACAAAGGCAUGGAUCGAUUAAGAUUUGAACUGGUAUAUUUGCAUUUAACUUAAUUAAGCCACAUUGGCUGUUAUCUACACAUCGCCUACUAUACACUGGUCUCAUUGAAGUCAACAGCAUUCAUCCAGGGGCAACCAGUCCUUGGUUUGCUGCCCUCAGCUACAAAUGAUCUUGCACCAGCUCAUCCGGUAGGAAAGGAAAUGGGCUGUGUUUCUCCUACUUUUUUUUUUUAGCACUACAGUAUUUGAAUGCCCAAACACUUCAUACGUGUUAUCUCAAAAAUCCGCAAAGUCAUUUUGAGAGGUAUGACAUAUCUACUUCCUUAUUACAAAAUUUGUGGGGGUUAGAGAACGGGGGCACAGAGAGAAAGUGGCCUGCCUAAGGCCGUCUAGCAAAUUCAUGGGUAUUAACCAUGGACUUCCUGGUUUCUUGGUCAAUAUAGUAUUUUCCUCUAAGACCUAAUGAGAAUCUAGAUGAAAAAGAAACACCCUGCACCGAGUACAGCAACUAUGUAUGGUAAAAAGAUAAAGAACCCAUGGAUGGUUAAGUCCAGUCAAAGGCGACUAUGGGGUUGCAGCACUCAUCUUGCUUUCAGGCCGAGGGAGCCAGCAUUUGUCAACAGACAGUUUUCUGGGUCGUGUGGCCAGCAUGACUAAACCGCUUCUGGCGCAAUGGAACACCGUGACGGAAACCAGAGCACACGGAAACACCGUUUACCUUCCCACUGCAGCGGUACCUAUUUAUCUACUUGCAAUGACGUACUUUUGAAUUGCUAGGUUGGCAGGAGCUGGGACAGAGCAACAGGAGCUCACCCCGUCAUGAGGAUUCAAACCGCCAACCUUCCAAUUGGCAAGCCCAAGAGGCUUAGUGGUUUAGACCACAGCGCCACCCGCGUCCCUUAGCAACUAUGUAGCACUAAAUGAUAUGCCAAAGUGCUGAUUAAAGGUAAAGGGGCCCCUGACCAUUAGGUCCAGUUGUGACCGACUGGGGUUGUGCGCUUAUCUCGCAUUAUUGGCCGAGGGAGCCGGCGUACAGCUUCCAGGUCAUGUGGCCAGCAUGACUUAAGCUGCUUCUGGCAAACCACAGCAGCACAUGGGCUUAUCUACACAGUUCAACAUUGGAUUUAGAAUAUUCUCUGGGCACCUACACAGUGGGGGUGGGGAUGGAGUUCAGGUGUAUUCUACAAUACUUCAUUGAUGCAAUAAUACUUCAUUAGUAGUCAUCCAUCCACCCAUCCAUCAUUAUGCUUCAUUAGUUUUGUGAUCCUUCCCCAGUGUUACCACAUUAUUGUCAUCUGGAAAGGCAUUAUAGCGAAACAAAUGCAGUACAAAAGCCAACAACCCCAGAACAUUUGUGGAAUGAAAAGUUACAGGAUCUCAGCAGGAGGUUAGUGGAUGGCACCAGUUGGAAAUGAAGCGGUAUGUCCACGCUGAAACGUUGGAAGGCAGUAUUGAAAGCAGAAUCAUAUAAUAACUUCGCCAAUGCCAUUGUGAGUACAGUCAUACCUCGGUUUAAGUAUGCUUCGGUUUGAGUACUUUCAGUUUAAGUACUCUGCGGACCCGUCUGGAACGAAUUAAUCCACUUUCCAUUACUUUCAAUGGGAAAGUUCACUUCAGGUUAAGUACACUUCAGGUUAAGUACGGACUGCCAGAACCAAUUACGCUCAUACUUCAGGUUAAGUAUGCUUCAGAUUGAGUACUCCGCGGACCUGUCUGGAACAGAUUAAUUCACUUUCCAUUACUUUCAGUAGGAAAGUUCGCUUCAGGUUAAGUACGCUUCAGGUUAAGUACAGACUUCCGGAACCAAUUGUGUACUUAAACCGAGGUGCCACUGUACUAAUUACGAAUGCACAAUAAAAAGGGCAUCUGGAGUGUGGCUGCUUUGAGGAAGAGUUGGGUUUUUAAUGGGAGGAAGAGAUGGUACAAAUUACAAAUAACGAGACUGAAAUCAAUGUCUUCAUUACAAAACUGAAUGCAGUAAUAAAAAGUAUCCCACACUUUUACCGUGUUGGAUCUGAAAGACAGUUCCUUUCCAUCACUUUGUGCCUAAAAGAAGAUUGGGCGGGGGGAGAGAGAUUGGGGAACUCCUUAAACUCCUUAGGGGUGCUUGGACUGACUCCCUUACCAUGUGCCUACAGCCUUGGUCUUCCUAUUGGGGGAGUGCCACCCUCUCCCCAUUGGCACAUCUGCAUUUAAAUCAACAAAACGAUAUUAAGAGCUCCAAUAAUGGAUAUCCAAUGUUGUUUCUAGUUUGGACAGAAACACAUUCAUUAAGUCUGGCGUAGAAUAAAGCCACUGCUUUUCUUAGAACUGCAGAAAAACAAAAGAGUCCCUAAGCAGGAUCUCUCUGGUUACCAUAACCCUAAGAGCCUCAGGGAAAGCUUUAGUCAAACUAUCAAGGAAAGCUACAUGUUCUUAUUCUUUCCCCCUCAAUUUCACAAUUUCUGGGGGUGGGGAGACUUGUCCAGUAUUGCAAAAUGGCACUUUAAAAAAACAAAACAAAAAACCCAUUUUUGGGAAUAGAUUCAUAUCUGUCAUUGCCUUCCCUAUUUUCAUUGACACUGCUUCUUAGUGUGGAAAUGUGUCUUUCACUGGUAUUCAGCUGCCUUUGAGCUGCUUUCACACAUUGCCUUCUGUUCCCGUGUGAGCAGGUCCACCUAACAGUGGAGCAUCCUUGUCUAAAAUACAGCAUGCCAACACAACCACCAUGGAUUGUGGGCAGCAGCUGUCUCUGAGGUUCUCAGAUUAUUAUUUUCUUUGCAGAGACUGCUUUUGCAGUCACAAAACUUAUUAACAAUAAUAAUUAUUAUUUAUACCCCACCCAUCUGGCUGGGUUUCCCCAGCCACUCUGGAUGGCUCCCAACAGAAUAUUAAAAACACAAUAAAACAUCAAACAAUAAAAACGUCCCUAAACAGGGUUGCUUUCAGAUGUCUUCUAAAAGCCAGAUAGUUGUUUAUUUCCUUGAAGGGAGGGCAUUGUACAGGGCGGAUGCCACUACCAAGAAGGCGCUCUGCCUGGUUCCCUGUAAUCUCACUUCUCGCAGGAAGGGAAUUGCCAGAAGGCCCUCAGAGCUGGACCUCAGUGUCCAGGCUGAACAAUGGGGGUGGAGAUGCUCCUUCAGGUAUACUGAGCCGAGGCCAUUUAGGGCUUUAAAGGUCAGCACCAACAAUACCAAUGAGACCCUCUUCAGAAAUAAUGUUUGAACAUAAAUAGCUACUUUUGCAUGUGCUGUUGAGAGGGGAUAAUCUGCAGGCCCACCCAUUUUUUAUUUUUAUUUUUUUUAAUGGUAACUUGACAGAAAAGCAGUCUUAUCAACAAUAAACCAGGCUUCCUCAACCCCGGCCCUCCAGAUGUUUUGAGACUACAGUUCCCAUCAUCCCUGACCACUGGUCUUGCUAGCUAGGGAUCAUGGGAGUUGUAGGCCAAAAACAUUUGGAGGGCCGAGGUUGAGGAAGCCUGCAAUAAAUGAAUACAUAGAAUAAUAGAAUUGUAGAGUUGGAAGGGACCUGAGUGUCAUCUAUUUCAUCCAUCUGCAGUGCAGGAAUCCUGCCCACAGCCACCCCUGGGUAGAGUCAAACCACCAACCUUCUGGUUAACAGCCACAUGCCCAGGCCCCUUGCACCACAUAUGAAGAGUAUUCAUGCAUGGGAUUCCACAGCUGCAGCCUCAAGCAGUACCAUCCAAUAGCAGAUAGGUGCUGGCUGUCUUUCUUAGUUCUUACUUGACUUGAAAUCCAAAGGGAGCAAUCCUACGCACAGAAAGCUGACAUAAGGCAAAGCUGUGUAAAGUGACAGUGGAUCCAAACCCUGUUCAGCAGCAGGGCUGCCACUCUGCCUAAGUCUGGCAGAGGGAAAGCAAGCCUUUAAUAUAGUGUCCUACUUCAGACGAAGCUGGUGGGGGGUUUAGGAUCCAGCCUAAGUCCACCCCAACCUGGUCUCAUCACAACCCCAGAACAUCUCAUUUGUGGAAUUUACACCAGCCUCGUCUGAGCCAAGUUACUCUGGCAAAUGUUCAGUCGAGCUGGAGAUCUGAUCUGCUGUAUCCUAAGGUGCUCGUCCUGAUGGAUCUUGUCAUAGCAUUAUCCCCAAAUAGUCUAUUUUUAAUUAUUUGUGGAUGCAGCUGGCAAAAUGACCAACCAACUCAUUACAACAGUGGAAUCCAACCUAGAAAAAGUCCUAUGAAGGGAGAGGUUUGUGAACAUAUUGGCUGAAGCCCCGACAGAAUGCUGUGGGUCUUGGAAGACUGUUGCGUGUUUGAAAGCUUUAAAAGGCUCGAAUACACAGAUAAAGCCAAAAUCUGUAGCCUGCUGUGUCUCAUUCAUAUAAAUGGGAAUAACCUGGCAUUAAUCCAGUAAUCCUGGCCUUUCUGAGGCAGGAGUUGCGUGGGCCUUGCAACAUUACGUCAUCCUCAACUUUUUCAUUGACAAAUUUGUGCCAUCCCCAUUCCCUGAUUACUUCAGCUCUCUUUAUGGCUGGAUAGUGGUGCCCUCUGGUGUGUAUGUGUUGAAAUACACCAAACGCUUGUUUCAGAGAUCCGCUGCUGCUGUGUAAUGUAGUCGACCGUGCGAGGGAAAUGCUGUUUUAUUUGUAUGCGUCUGUAAGAUUCUGAAGAGUGGCGGCCCUGGCAUUCUUUCAGGCUGCUGAUAGGGCUGUAGCUCAGUGGUAGGCCACAUGCUUUGUGUUUGAAAGGUCCCAGGAUCAAUCCCUAGUAUUUCCAGAGAUGCUGUCUUA